UCCAAAUUAUUUCGAUUGAUGAAAACAAAUGCGUAAAGUCGCAACACAAACCGUUAUUAUUACCAAGAAGGGCCGGCAGAUCCUAAAGAGGACAUUUUGCAUGAGGGCAGAGUGUUCAUUUGUGUUUAUAGGGAUCGGACAUUUCUCUACUUGUCUCUCCCCUGUAGCCUCCUGUGUAGACUUAACGAUACACGGAGACAGCAGCACUGAACACGACGGCCGAAGAGCCUCCGUCCUUCUUUUUUUCCCAGAUUUGAACGUGCCAAGUAAAGGGAAAGCAAAACAUGGCUGGUUUAAUGGCAGGUUUUGGUCAUUACACCCACGCCGUCGUCCGGGGAAUCCCCGCGUCCCUGGCCAAAGAAGCGCUCCGGAGCAGCCAGUCGGAGGUGGACGUCGCCAAGGCGCGGAGGGAGCACGAGGCGUACGUCGAUGUCCUGAGGACCAGGCUCGGGCUGGAGGUGGUCGAGCUCCCCGCGGACGAGUCGCUCCCGGACUGCGUGUUCGUGGAGGACGCGGCCGUGGUGUGCGGUGACACGGCGCUCAUCACCAGACCCGGGGCAGAGAGCAGGAGGAGAGAGACGGAGGCAAUGAAAGGAGCUUUGAAGGAUCUGAAUCUGAACAUUGUGGAAAUGACUGAUGAAAAUGCCACACUGGAUGGAGGAGAUGUUCUUUUUACAGGUCGAGAGUUCUUUGUGGGCCUUUCCAAACGGACCAAUCAGAGAGGAGCAGAGAUUCUAGCUGAUGCUUUUAAGGACUACGCUGUGUCUACCGUUCCUGUUCUGGAAGGGCUGCACCUGAAAAGCUUCUGCAGUAUGGGGGGACCAGGCCUUAUUGUAAUCGGCUCCAGUGAACCAGCACAGAAGGCCCUCAAAAUCAUGCAGCAGAUGAGUGACCAUCGUUAUGACAAGCUGACAGUGCCUGAUGACCUUGCUGCCAACUGCAUCUACAUGAACCUGCCUAAUAAGGGCCAUGUGCUCCUGCACUGCACAGCAGAGGAGUUUCCAGAGAGUGCGAAGGUGUUCGAGAAGUUGAAGGACCACAUGCUGAUCCCUGUGUCCAACAUGGAGAAGGUCAAAGUGGACGGAGCCCUCACAUGCUGCUCUGUACUCAUCAGCAAGAAGGCUAACAUCUGAGCCCGCUCACCAGGAGGGUCUCUCAGUGCAUGGUAACCAAGUAGAGCCUGUAUCCAAUCUCCAAGGAUCCAGAGGUUUAACAAAACUAUCUUGAUACUUAGAGGAGGGAUAGGCAAGUUUGUUUAUGCUGAGGGACAAAUAGAAUACAACCUUGUUUUCCCCCCAAAAAACACUCAAAUUAUAUUAAAAUGUCUUAAGUAUGUGAAUAGUUCAGUUGGCACAAAACAGUUAGUUACAGGUUAUGUGUUUAUUAAAGAAUUAGAAUACUGCAUUAAAAUUAGUCUUAUUUUGCUCUUUACUUGGAUAUAUUCUAACAUUUCCUAUAAAAAGCUGAAUAAAAGGCAAAAGAACAGACCCGUGGUGAACCCCCCUCCACCCCCCGAAACUGCAGGGCCCCUAUUGCUCCUGUUUAGACCCAUUCCCUGUACUGGACCAAGAAAACCAGAUGGAUCUGUUUGAUAAUAGUCAUUGUUGCCACUGAGAAGUAGAGUCUUACCAACACUGCACUGCAAAUUUAUAAAUUACAUAAGUAACAGACAUCUAGAAUGAAAAAUGUAUACAGUUGGUUUAUACUGUUUACAUUUUAACUGUGAUUUAAUUUAACUGUGUGAUUGGUAUUAUAAUGCAAAUGGGACUCAAGUUUUUUUCAAGAACUGUAUUUUGGAGUGAGGAGUGUGGAGGAAACAAAUCCUCCUACUGCUGUAAACUGAAAACCUCAUUGGUACUGUUGGUAUUUAGCAGUUUUUUUUAGAGCUUGUAUGUUAAAUUCCUGCUGGUUUUUUCUUUCUUUUUAACAAUUGGUGCUGAGCAAAGUUUUAUGAUUUCAUGACCAUACUUUAUUUCAAAUCUACUUACAGACCAUUUUAUAUUUUAAUUUAAAAAAAAAAUGCACAGCCAUCUAUCAGAAUCUCUCUUUCUGAAAGUACAGUUCUUGAAAAUGC